AUGUCUUCCUCAAACCCUUACCCUCCUCCACCACCACCGCCGCCGCCGCCGCCGCCACUUCCUUACCUCUCCAACCUCGGCUUCGGUUACUCCAUCGCCAUAGCUCUCGGCUUCCUCUUCCUCAUCUCAACUCUCAUCCUUUCAUCUUACCUCUGCUGCCGCACUUUCCGUAACCGUCAUAACCGUCGUAACAGCAACAACAAUAACAGCAACAGCAACAACCAACGGAACUCAGACGGUAUCGUUCUGCCGCGGGUGAUUUUUGUUGCGGAGGAUGAUGAUGAUCGAGACGACGUCGCUUCGGGUUUGGACCAGAGCGUGAUCAAUUCUUACCCGAGGAUGCAGUAUGGGAAGGAGAUGAUGGGACGUGAUGGUACUUGCUCGAUCUGUUUGUGUGAGUAUAAGGAUUCCGAGAUGUUGAGGAUGAUGCCGGAAUGUCGACACUAUUUUCAUCUCUGUUGUCUUGAUUCGUGGUUGAAGCUUAAUGGUUCUUGUCCGGUGUGUCGGAAUUCGCCGAUGCCGACACCGUUGUCGACUCCGUUGCAGGAGGUUGUUCCGCUUUCUCAUUACAUUGGUGAAAGGAGAACAAGGAGGUGA